CGCGACAAGCACGUCAAGGACAAGGACAGGGGGAAGGAAGGGGUCGAUCCCGGGAUCUGGGAUAGGAUUGGUGCGGCUGCGGGUCGAGCUCACAUUACGCCUAGUGCACUGUGGUGCUGAGCCGCAUUGCUAAAGAGGCGCCGCGGGUUUAUGCGCCGAUUGCGUGUAUAAUAGCCGGGGGAGUUGAGAUCUAAGUAGAGAUGCUGCGGCUCCUGCGGAGACACCGCGGCGGAUGGGUGGCGCGGGGACAGCGCCGGUCCCAGCACAGUGGGCGCGUGAUGGCCAUACGGCGCGAGGACAUCAAUGUGUGGGAGAGGCGCGCGCCCCUCGCCCCACGCCACGUCAAGGAGAUUACCAAUGCCGGGUAUAAGAUCCUGGUGCAACCGUCCAACAGGAGGGCCAUCCAUGAGAAAUACUACGAGAAAGCGGGCGCAGUCAUUCAGGAGGACAUCUCAGAGGCUUCCCUGAUCAUCGGGGUGAAGAGGCCACCUGAGGAGAAAGUCUUGCCCCAGAGAACCUAUGCGUUCUUUUCCCACACUAUCAAAGCCCAGGAGGCCAACAUGGGGCUGCUUGAUGACAUGCUCAAAAAGGAAGUCCGUCUCAUCGACUACGAGAAGAUGGUGGAUUCGAAUGGUUUUCGCAUUGUUGCCUUUGGACAGUGGGCUGGUGUGGCAGGGAUGAUCAAUAUUUUGCACGGUCUGGGUUUGCGUUUCCUGGCCCUGGGUCACCACACUCCUUUUAUGCACAUCGGCAUGGCCCACAACUACCGGAAUGUCAGUCAGGCGAUACAGGCAGUGAGGGAUUGUGGGUAUGAGAUCUCGCUGGGCCUCAUGCCCAAGUCUAUUGGACCGCUCACUUUCGUAUUCACCGGGACCGGCAAUGUGUCCAAGGGUGCGCAAGAGAUAAUCAAUGAGCUUCCCUGUGAAUUUGUGGAGCCCCACGAGCUGCAGGAGGUCUCAAAGCAUGGAGAUUUAAGUAAAGUCUACGCAACAGUGCUGAGUCGUCAUCAUCACCUGGUGAGGAAGAGCGAUGGGGUGUAUGACCCCCUGGAGUAUGAACAACACCCUGAGCGCUACACUUCCCAUUUCCGGGACAGCAUCGCGCCCUACACCACCUGCUUGAUAAAUGGCAUUUACUGGGACCCUCAUACCCCUCGUCUGCUCAGACGGCUGGACGCGCAGAGGCUGAUGCGACCUGUAGAACCUUCCGCAAAGGCAACGGAAGGCUGGCCCGAAUUACCUCACCGCUUCCUGGCCAUCUGUGACAUUUCCGCCGACGUGGGGGGCUCCAUCGAGUUUAUGACAGAGUGCACCACCAUUGAUAAACCUUUCUGUAUGUAUGAUGCCAACCAGCAUAUAGAUCAUGACAGCGUGGAAGGUACCGGCAUUCUGAUGUGCUCCAUCGAUAACCUCCCCGCUCAGCUUCCCAUCGAAGCCACCGAGUACUUUGGGGAUCGGCUCUGUCCAUACAUGUGGGAGAUGCUUCUUUCAGAUGCCGCGAGACCCCUGGAGCAGGAGGAUUUCAGCCCCCAAGUCAGAGACGCUGUCAUCACAUCAAACGGAAAGCUCACCCCCAAGUUUGAAUACAUCCAAAGCCUUCGAGAGAAAAGGGAACGGGCGCAGAUUCUGAAGGUGAGCGGCAGGAAACGGGUUCUGCUCCUGGGCUCCGGCUACGUCUCUGGUCCGGUCAUUGAGUACUUGACGCGAGACUCUAACACUCAAGUAACUGUGGCAUCUGUGGUUCUGAGCCAAGCUGAAGACCUUGCAGCGAGAUACCCCAACACCAUCCCUAUCAUGCUAGACGUAACCAGCCAGGAGAAACACCUGGAGUCCCUGGUCAAAGACCACGAUCUGGUUAUCAGCCUGCUGCCUUAUGCACAUCAUCCCAUGGUGGCCAAGCACUGCAUCAGUAAGAAGGUCAACAUGGUGACAGCCAGUUACCUCAGCCCGGCCAUGAAAGACCUUCAGCAGAGUGCCAAAGAGGCGGGCAUCACCCUAGCGAAUGAAAUGGGACUGGACCCUGGGAUCGACCACAUGCUAGCUAUGGAGUGUAUUGACCAGGCCAAGGUUGAUGGUUGUGCUGUGGAGUCGUACAGCUCAUUCUGCGGGGGUCUACCCGCCCCUGAGUGCUCGGAAAACCCCCUCCGCUACAAGUUCAGCUGGAGCCCCUACGGCGUCCUCCUGAACACCAUCAGCCCCGCCCUCUUCCUGAAGGACGGCAGGGUGAUGAACAUCCCUCCUGGUGGCGCCCUGCUGGAGUCCGUCAUGCCCAUGGACUUUUUCCCGGGAUUCAAUCUGGAGGGUUUCCCAAACCGGGACAGCACCAAAUACGCAGAGCCGUACGGGAUCGAGUCCGCACACACGCUGAUCCGGGGCACGCUGCGCUUCAAGGGUUUCUCAAACGCGAUGAGUGGAUUUGUGAAGCUGGGUCUGGUGAACACUGAGCCCUGUCCGAUGCUCAGCCCUGGGUCUGGCCCCGUCUCCUGGAAAGAGCUGCUCUGUCACCUCAUGGGAAUUCCAUCAUCAACCAGCGGAUCUGCCUUCCAGGAGGCUGUCUCUGCCAGGAUAGGAGGGGAUGAGUACAGGAUGGAGACACUCAAGUGGUUCGGUAUGCUGAGCUGCGAACCAGUGCCGCAAGCUGACACGAUAUUGGCUGCGGUCGCCAGACACCUGGAGGCGAGGCUCCCCUUUGAGAAGAGCGAGAGGGACUUGAUCGUCAUGAGGAAUGAUGUGGGCAUCAGACACUCCGCCGGUGAGCUGGAGACGAAACACAUCAGCCUCGUGGUGUACGGGGACCCCAACGGCUUCUCCGCCAUGGCCAAGACUGUGGGCUACCCCACGGCCAUCGCUUCCCGGAUGGUCCUGGACGGUGAAAUUGAGACCAAGGGAUUGGUGUUACCACUGACCAAGAACAUCUACGCCCCAAUUUUAAGACGGCUGAGGGAUGAAGGGAUUCGGUACAGCACAAAGAGCUCCUUCUCCGAAUAACUGCAGUGAGAGAGACAAAUGACGUCACACUUCCAGUGGGCAGAACACAUUGUAUACGUGGUAAAAACAUGCUGGGCUUUUCCAGUGACACUACAUGGAAGCUGCUCCAGUGCUGCACUGCUUAACACCCUUUCAGUUUCCAAAGACUAAGGUAUGCAACGGUCAAGCCACUACACGAAUCAUGGCCCCUCAGUGGUAUUUGUCCAUUAGAACACGCAUAUAGAUGUGUCUGUGUGAUUGUGCAAUCCUGAUGCCUUAAAUCAGUUUCCCAGAAGCCCCACGGUUUUACUCCCUCCAAGUAACACUGCCACCUACUGGCAUCCUCACCACUAUUUUUAGACAGUUUCGUCUUGUCACAUGUGCACCUCAGAUGUUUGCUAUUUUUGGUAUCAAAUUCUAUGAAGUGGAUACAUUAUUUUUAGAAUACAAAUUUUUUUAAAUGAUAUUUAAACCCAGUUUUGAAGAAUAACUCCUAAAUUAAGGAAAAUUUCAGGAAAAAUAAUUCAAAAUUGAGUGGUUGGCAUAAAUUAUUGGAAUGAAUUUGUCAUGAUUUAAAUGAUGUUUGAAAGUAUGAAAGUAAAAGCGGAAUGUUCUUUGGGUGAUCUUUUGGUAAAGGUAGUAAAUAUAUGGUCUUUUAAUGGAUCACUCCUUAAAUUUUAACAGCUAAAGGUUGUUUCCCUGCAUCCUAAAAUAGAGAACCCCUUUUCUUUGUGUGCUGAUUUUUGGGGUUCCUGUACAGUUAAUGGACUUUAACUGGAAAUUAACUGGACACUACACUGGCUUUACUGACAGCACUGAGCAGUGGUGGGCAAAUGCUCAACAGGCCACAGGCAGUGCUGGUUACCAGCCCUUCCUACAGCUGCUGUAAGAGUUGCUGAGUGCUUAACAGUUUCCUGCUCUUUAAAUAAAAGAUGGGCCUGUUUCAAAAGGUG